UAUUAUAAACGUAUCAUUCAUUACUAAACAUUAUUUCAAAUCAAAAUGGUGGAUUAACAAACUUUGAAAAUAGAACAUUUAAUUUUCUUUGUUGACAUCUGUCACUUUAAUUUUUUAAUUGUUUGAAAUUGGAAUACUUAACAAUGAGGUUUACUGUUUUAAUUUUGAUUGUGACCUCCUUAGUUUUGAGUGAUUAUUGUGAAUGUAAACAGUUUACAAGAUGUAGGUUAGCUAUAACAUUGUCACAAAUAAAAGGAAUUAAAAAAAGUUUUCUGGGGACUUGGGUAUGCUUGAUAGAAAAAGUGAGCAAUAGAGAAACGACUGCGCUUACAACGAAAUCAAAUGGGAAGAAAGCCUAUGGAUUGUACCAAAUACCCAGCGAGUGGUGCAAGGAAGGCAAACGCGGUGGACGAUGUAAUAUAAAAUGUGAAGAUCUGCUAAACGAUGACAUCCGUGAUGAUACGGCGUGUGCUCUGAAGAUCAUGGAGGAGCAUGGCUUCCAGUACUGGCCGCUGUGGACCACGAGGUGCAAGAAUGAUAACUUCAUCACCAAUGAGAUUUAUAAAUGCCCAGACCUAAACCGGCUAAGUCCAGAGCGCAGCUUAUUUCUCAACCAAGGUUGAGUACUAAGACAAAGAUGUUUAAUCAAGAGAACUAUCUGAAGAUCCAGAUACAGAAGACUCACAAAUUAAAUUAAAUUGUUUGUUGAUGUUUAAAAUAAACGUGUUUCAAAGUCUG